AUGGCUGAUGGUAUGCACUCGAAUGAUUAUACACCCCCGUUGUCGCGUAUGUGGUCUAAAACGGUUUUACUUCUAGCAGAGAUCGAGUCCAUCAAGCGCCUCCAGGCGGAGCGCAAUGGGAAGAAAGGUUCAAAAACCUUUGACCUGUCAAACCAGCGCACUGACGUAUCGACCAAGGCAUCUCUCACCGAAAGCUUCGACACCACCCUAUACGAUCGUUCGGACGCCGAUAGAUAUGCAGGCUAUAAUACGUCUAUCGCAGUAGAUGGUGAAGAUGAGGAUAUGGCCGAUGAUGAUGGCCAAAAUGGCCAUCGCUUGGUUGGACAAUAUACCGCGACCUCUGAGCAGAUAAAAGAAUUUGCCACGGGCAAAGGUGUAGAAGAAGAAGAUACUCUUCUAGCGCGCGAAAAGACAUCCAGAAUAUCCGAGAGGGAAACCGAUUAUCAGAAGCGGCGCUUCGAUCGGACUCUUUCUCCAACACGAGCGGAUCCCUUUGCUGCGGACGGCCAAGCAAACGGAGAUGGGGAAGGCGCAAGCUACCGAGAUAUAAUGGCACUUCGAGAACUUGAGAAAGAAGAGGAACGUGUCAAGAAACUGAUAAAGGAUAAACAAGCCGGCGAAGAACUUAAUGGAUCAGUUGAACAUGAGGCUACCCUGAAGCUAGAAGAGGCGGGAGAGAAGGAAAGCCAUGCUGAGGAGUCAGCCUCUGCUCCAUCGAGGAAAAGGAAGAAGAGAUGGGAUGUAUCCUCAGAGGAAACUGUCAAACCCAGCGAGCCUGAAUCAACUGAAGUCAAGCCAAAGAGGUCGAGGUGGGAUCAGACACCAGUACCUGGCGGGCAGGCUGAGGCCCCAAAACGUAGGUCUAGAUGGGAUCAAGCACCAACACUUACUGCUGCAACCCCCGUUGGGAAUCAGGGUCUUGCAACCCCAGUACCUCAGGCUUCUGGCCCAGUGGCUGUCCCAACUUUCGGCUCCGAUAUAUCUGCCCGCAAUGCUCCAUUAUCGGAUGAGGAACUGGAUAUGAUGCUUCCAUCUGAAGGAUAUAAAAUUUUAGAACCCCCACCAGGGUACGCCCCGAUCCGAACUCCUGCUCGUAAACUUAUGGCUACACCCGCUCCAAUGCAAAGCGCCAGCGGCAUUGGUGGAUUUAUGAUGCAAGAACCCGAAAGCGCCCGCUCUAUUGGAAAGCAACUUCCUACAGAGAUUCCUGGAGUAGGCGACCUGCAGUUUUUUAAGGCUGAAGAUAUGACAUACUUCGGAAAACUUGUUGAUGGCGCGGACGAAAAUUCAAUGUCUGUUGAAGAUCUGAAAGAGAGAAAAAUAAUGAGGCUAUUGCUGAAAGUCAAGAAUGGAACACCACCGAUGCGAAAAACAGCACUGCGUCAGCUUACAGAUAACGCAAGACAGUUCGGAGCUGGACCGCUUUUUAACCAAAUUCUACCUCUACUGAUGGAGAAGUCUCUCGAGGACCAAGAACGACAUUUGCUCGUGAAGGUCAUUGACCGCAUCCUUUAUAAACUUGAUGACCUUGUUCGGCCGUAUGUGCAUAAAAUUCUGGUCGUCAUCGAGCCUCUACUCAUUGACCAAGAUUACUAUGCUCGGGUAGAGGGUCGUGAGAUUAUUUCUAACCUAAGUAAGGCUGCUGGCCUUGCGCAUAUGAUCAGUACCAUGCGUCCAGACAUUGACCACGUUGAUGAAUAUGUGCGAAAUACUACUGCCAGAGCUUUCGCUGUUGUCGCCUCAGCCCUUGGUAUACCCGCCCUUCUUCCAUUCUUGAGAGCUGUUUGUCGAAGCAAGAAAUCUUGGCAGGCUAGACAUACUGGUGUCAAAAUUGUACAACAAAUUCCUAUCCUAAUGGGCUGCGCUAUCCUACCUCAUCUCCAAGGCCUUGUCGACUGUAUUGGAGACAAUCUCAGCGAUGAACAAGCUAAGGUCCGGACGGUGACCAGUUUGGCCAUCGCUGCACUUGCUGAAGCUGCGAAUCCAUAUGGUAUUGAAAGUUUCCAGGAUAUCCUCGGCCCUCUCUGGAUGGGAGCAAGGAAACAACGAGGCAAAGGUCUAGCAGGCUUCCUUAAAGCUGUUGGUUAUAUUAUCCCACUGAUGGAUGAGGAGGGCGCAAACUACUUCACUAGUCAAAUUAUGGAAAUCGUGCUCCGAGAAUUUUCGUCGCCAGAUGAAGAGAUGAAAAAAGUCGUGUUGAAGGUUGUCUCGCAAUGUGCAGGCACAGAUGGCGUCACAGCAGUAUAUCUAAAGGAACAUGUCUUGCAAGAUUUCUUUAAAAGCUUCUGGGUCCGACGUAUGGCAUUGGAUAAGAGAAACUACAGACAAGUUGUAGAGACAACAGUGGACUUAGGCCAAAAAGUCGGUGCCGGUGAAAUUCUUGAAAGGAUCGUGAACAAUCUCAAAGACGAGAGUGAGGCAUACCGUAAAAUGACUAUUGAAACGGUUGAGAAAGUUAUUGCUUCACUUGGUGCAGCUGAUAUCGGAGAGAGACUUGAGGAAAGACUAAUUGACGGCGUCCUGUUCGCAUUCCAAGAACAAAGUGUGGAGGAUAUAGUGAUUCUCAACGGGUUCGGGACAGUUGUCAAUGCCCUUGGUUCUCGUUGCAAGCCAUAUCUUCCACAGAUUGUCAGCACAAUUCUCUGGCGACUCAACAACAAGUCCGCCACUGUACGGCAACAGGCAGCAGAUCUUAUUUCGCGAAUUGCAAUGGUUAUGAAACAAUGUGGUGAAGAUGCCUUGAUGGGAAAACUUGGCACCUUCCUUUACGAAUAUCUUGGUGAGGAAUAUCCAGAGGUCCUUGGCUCGAUACUGGGCGCGUUGCGUUCUAUUGUCACUGUUGUCGGUAUCAAUCAAAUGCAACCACCCAUCCGUGACCUACUUCCUCGUCUCACACCUAUCCUACGAAAUCGCCAUGAGAAAGUGCAGGAAAACACGAUAGAUCUUGUUGGCCGUAUUGCUGACCGUGGCCCCGAGUCCGUCAAUGCUAGAGAAUGGAUGCGUAUCUGCUUCGAACUACUUGAUAUGCUGAAGGCUCAUAAGAAGGGCAUCCGACGAGCUGCUAACAAUACCUUUGGUUUCAUUGCCAAAGCUAUUGGUCCCCAAGAUGUCCUCGCCACACUUCUUAAUAACUUGCGUGUCCAAGAACGUCAGUCCCGUGUCUGUACUGCCGUUGCAAUUGGUAUUGUGGCAGAAACUUGUGCUCCAUUUACGGUCCUUCCCGCCCUUAUGAACGAAUAUCGCGUGCCCGAACUAAAUGUGCAAAAUGGUGUCCUAAAGGCCAUGUCUUUCCUUUUUGAAUAUAUUGGCGAAAUGGCUAAAGAUUACGUUUAUGCCGUGACACCCCUUCUCGAAGAUGCAUUGAUUGAUCGAGACCAAGUCCACCGUCAAACCGCUGCUAGCGUAGUGAAGCAUAUUGCCCUAGGUGUUGUUGGACUGGGAUGUGAAGACGCAAUGGUCCAUCUUCUUAAUCUCCUCUACCCCAAUCUCUUCGAAACCAGUCCCCAUGUCAUUGACCGAAUCAUUGAAGCUAUCGAAGCUAUUAGAAUGGCUGUUGGCACAGGUAUAGUCAUGAACUAUGUCUGGGCGGGCCUGUUUCAUCCAGCUCGCAAAGUACGGACCCCUUACUGGCGGCUGUACAACGAUGCCUAUGUUCAAGGCGCAGACUCUAUGAUUCCAUACUAUCCUACAAUUGAGGAAGAUGGACUAGGGAGCAAAUAUCGCCAUGUCUAG